AUGCAGUCCGAUGCGAGAGCUCUGAUGGAGGACGGGGAGGUGUUCGGUGACAUGCAGCAACCUACAGCCGGGUACCUCUUUGCGGAAGAGCUCGACAUUCACUUCUUGGCCCUCGAGGAGUUUCACUCGAUGCUCCUUCAAGACUCAGCGAUCGACACGUCGAACUGCACGCAACCGACAGCUUCAAUGGACUGUGUCUCCCCCAGCUCCCCCUCGUCCGUCAUGUACCUGCCUCCGUGUGAAGACAGUGACAACACUUGUCCAAGUCCCAAGCACGACCCUUACGCUCCAGCAGUGGUGUUCCCUACUUCCAACACCCACGCGGUUAUCAAACCGGAACUCGCACCAACCCAAACGUACCCUCACCCGGUACCCGUGCCCGUCAUCCUUGACGAUAUUGUAACCGACGAUGAAGACAAAGAGCGACUUCGACGUCGUCAACGGGGGUACGAAAAACGCUAUCGAGGACGCAAACGCCGGGACCUCAAGACGCAGCGGGAUAUGUGGCUCGCCCUUGAGAUGAAGCUGGACGACGCACGCCGGAAAGUCUGUCGACCUUACGUCCGAGUCGAGACGGCCACUGGUGAUCUACUGCGGGUACAAGUACUGCUACUGAAGCUCGAAGAGCGUGCGCUCCGGCAAGAUCGAAUCGCCAUGCGGUCCCUCCAGGCCUGGGAAGAGAUCUCACGCAUCCGCGAGUACUCGGACAAGAACCAGCUGCGCACGGCGAGCGAGUGGCAACACAGCGCUGACAAGGUCAUCGGUCGCUGUGCGGUGCUCGGACCGCGUCGGUUUCAUCCGUACGCGCCAAUGGGUCAGCGCCACUUUAUUUGGUAA